CUGGAUGAUGAAACUGGAAUUUUUUCUAGCUAUUUACUGCGUGGGAAUAUUAUGCCCGCAUGUGCACAUGCUUCAAUUGAUCAAUGUACGGAAUAGUAUAUUUUCUUCCUAUUGUUGCUUGGAGAAUUAUAGAAUGUAUGCAUAAUUGCAUAUUAAAUUCAUGUGAUGAUGAAAAUUGCUGGCUAGCUUCCUUUAGCGGUUGCUGAAAUGGAAUGUAAUUUAGACCAUUGACAAUUCUAUUGGUUCUAGCUGGUACUAUGAGCAAACAUUUUCGUUUAGUUAUACCAAUUAUAAAUGCAUUUGUUGUGUUGGAAUAUACUUGUUUUGUCCUUAGAGACAGCUGAAGGAAACACUUGAAUUACAUGAGUUAUAUGAAGUUGUCAAUCUUAUAUCCCAUAUCUUUUCCUAUGCUUCUUGUUGUGAGUCUAAAUGGUGAUGGCAACAAAGUGACAUUUCAAAGGGAAUGGGUGAUGAAGUUUUGAUACCAGAAACUAUGUAUGUUGGUUUUGGAUCUUUGAUUAACAUUUCUUUCGUUUUAGUCUGCUUAAGUGCAGCAUUCAAUUUUGUCUAUUGCUUGUGAGAUAUUGCAUGCUAAAUGAUUUGUCAAAUUUAGUAUUGUAUAGCAUUUGUUUAGGCUUGGCUUAUCUUCAAUGUUAUCUAGACAUAUCAUUGAAAUUUGUUUGCUGAAUUUUUUUUGUCUGCAUCCCUAUUGAUGGUGUACACAUGAACAUACAUGGUGAUUUGGGGCCAGGUAUUUCUUAAGAUAUAACUGUAAACCCUGGAUCAGGAGUGUUAAAUCACGUGAAAUUAGCAUUAUUUGAGUCAUUAUUAGUGGCUGCUUACUUGUAUUUACUAUGCUUGCUUAGUUGGUAUAUUUAAUGGUGUCAGUUACUAUGAUUGUGGAGUUAGUUUUGUAUGUGUCAAGUAGUGGGUCAGUUAUUUUGUCCACAUCCUAUUUGAAUAGGUUGCUGCUAUGUAAUUUGUUGAAUUCAGUUCUGUUAAUGAAAAAGUGUUGCAUUCUCCCAUUUGUUUAUCUUACUUUCUAUCACCGAGAUUACGACAAGGAGUACUGUAGCUCUUUCCUUUUCUGCUUCUGUCUUACCUGCAUUGAGGAGCAUACCAUGGUAUGGAGUGUUUUGACGUCUGGAAGAGAACAUGGUGCAGUGCUUAGACGGAUUAAAGCAGUUGUGUGCUGCUGUGAUAAAUUGUUGUGAUGCUGAUUUGUCCAAGCAGCCUAGAGGUUUGCAAAAUCCAGAAGCACUCGCAAGAGAAACAGUGUUUAGUGUUAGUGAGAUUGAAGCACUGUAUGAACUGUUCAAGAAGAUCAGCAGUGCAGUGACUGAUGAUGGACUAAUCACUAAGGAAGACUUUCAGUUGGCCUUAUUCAAGACAAGCAAGAAAGAGAGCUUAUUUGCUGAUAGGGUGUUUGAUCUGUUUGACACAAAACAUCAAGGAAUACUUGAUUUCAAAGAGUUUGCACUUGCUCUCUCUGUCUUUCAUCCCAAUGCAUCAAUUGAUGAUAAGAUUGAAUUUUCAUUCCAAUUGUAUGAUCUCAAACACCAAGGAUUCAUUGAGAGACAGGAGUUAAAACAGAUGGUGGUGGCCACUCUAGCUGAAUCUGGCAUGAAUCUUUCAGAUGAUGUGGUUGAAAGCAUCAUUGACAAGACAUUUGAGGAAGCUGAUACCAAACAUGAUGGUAAGAUUGACAAGGAAGAAUGGCAAAAUCUUGUCUUGCAGCAUCCAUCCCUUCUGAAAAAUAUGACUCUUCAGUAUCUUAAGGAUAUCACAACUACAUUUCCCAGUUUUGUGUUUCACUCACAAGUGGAUGAUGCUUGAGGCAGCCACAUCAUCUAUGUCAGUUUCAUUGGUCUUGACUGAGAAGAAGGCUCUUUUUGUUUCCCUCGAGUGUGGUCUGAGUUCUGUGUGAAGCAUUCGGUUAAGAUGGAUUAGGACUUUUUAUACUUUCAUUGAAUAGAACUUUACCUUUCUUUUUUGGGUAGAUAAGCAUUGUAUAUUGAAUAAAUGGAUUUAAUUAUUUAUUUGCUUCAUCAGGAAUGAAGGGGAAACAUGAUAGAUUAUAUUGGUGUUUCAGAAAGCGUCAGGGAGUUUUGUAUAGAAAUAUAUCUGCCGUUAUUAUGCCUUGUAAAUGGCUCCAGUUAGCUGGAAACACAUCACAUCUUACGUGCGGAACUAAGAAGUCUGCUUAAAAUACAGGAUGUGUUUGGAUAUAUCAUUUAAUUAAGUUUUUAUUUAAUGAGUUAUUUUUUU